AUGGCCAAUUUUAGCGGAGUGAGUAAGUUUCUCCUGGAGGACUUUGCUGAUGUGUGGCAGCUCAGGCUCCUGCUAUCCACAUUGUUCCUACUGAUAUACCUGGCCACUCUGUUGGGGAAUUUUAUUAUCAUCACUGUGACCACCAUUGACCGGAAUCUGCACACACCCAUGUACUUCUUCCUCAGGAAUUUAUCUAUCCUGGAUAUGUGCUACAUUUCUGUCACUGUCCCCAAUGCCUGUAUCAACUCCUUCACUAACAACAAGACAAUUUCUGUAUCUGGCUGUGCAAUACAGGUAUUUUCUGUAUUUUUUUGUGCAUCUGUGGAGCUGUUGUUUCUCACUAUCAUGGCCCAGGACCGCUAUGUGGCCAUCUGCCAGCCUCUCCGUUACCCUGUCAUCAUGAACUACCAGUUCUGUGUCCAGACCACACUUUCUUCAAUACUUAUUGGUAUUAUCUUUGCAGCUAUACAAACUGGUAACACAUUCCGGCUGUCCUUUUGUCAGUCCAACAUGGUCAGUCAAUUCUUCUGUGACAUCCCCUCUCUGCUAAGACUCUCCUGCUCAGACACUUUUAGCAGCAAACUCUUACUUCUUUUGGCUGUCAUGGGAUUUGCUGGUGGCUGCUUUAUCUUCAUUGGCUUCUCAUAUGUUCGCAUAUUUUUAACAGUGCUGAAAUUCCCAAUCAAAGAGGAGCGAGGAGGAAAGGCCUUUUCCACCUGUGUGCCUCACCUUCUUGUGGUGUCUGUAUUUCUCAGUACUGGUUCUGUGGUGUACUUAAGACCCACACCAAGUACAGAAAUGAUUCAGAACAUGAUUCUAUCUGUAUUUUAUACCAUUGUUCCGCCAUUCUUGAAUCCUAUCAUUUAUAGUCUUAGGAACAAACAGAUAAAGGAAGCUAUUGGGAAAGUAAUAUUAAAAAUAUUUAUUCUGAAAAACAUUAAUACCUGA